CAAUCAAUUUAUCUCUUUUUGCAGACACUCAACGAACUGAAAGGCGGUCAUUCCGGCUGUAUGAUGUGGCCGGGAUCAAAUAUGCCCUAUACCAAAGCCAAGGUGAAUUGUACGUACGUGAAAGCGUACAAUAUGUCCCUUCCGUGGAACGACCGGGUGGACACCGCGUUCCAGUGGAUCCGAGAUCCUAAGCAACCAGCAAAUCUCGUAAUGCUCUACAUAGAGGAACCGGACUAUUAUGGUCACAUUUACAGCCCGGAUUCGGAUCGAGUGGCACAGCUACUCAUCAAACUGAAUGAUCUUACACGAUAUAUUUACGACAAGGUUCGGGAGUUCAACCUCCAGGACCGGGUAAACGUUGUGCACCUCAGCGACCACGGCAUGGAUUCGCUGAUGCCGAAAAACUUCAUCAACUUAACGAGCUUUGUCCCCACGGAUGUGAAAUACGACCGGUACGGUAACACACCGGUUCUACAGAUUGUGCCAAAGGUGAAGCAACAGACAGCCGAUCUGUACCGGGCGUUGAAGAAUGCUUCGGAGAAGAAUGGAAACUUUGAUGUGUACACGCUGGAGAAUUUGCCCGCCCGGUGGCAUUUCAACAACUCGCAACGGACCGGACCGAUUACGGCGGUGGCCCGGUUGGGAUACGGAUUCGACGAUAUGUGGGACACGGUCGAGUACUAUCGGAAAACGUAUAAUGUUUCGGGUAAGUUUUGAGCGGAUCGAUCAUUGGUUAUUUCAA